CGCUGUUCGGGACCUAAGCUUGAAGACGUAGAAGAACUGGCGACUUCCUCUUAUUGUAGCUGCAAUUUGUUUCUUUGUUUUGACUUUGGCAAUCAGACCAAGUCUGUCCGUGCUCCCUUCCCUGUUGACAUCCCUCGAGCCUAUUCUGGAAGGACGCAUUCUGGGAAACGUCAAGCUUCGGGCACCUCCCUCAUUCCACCAAUUCCACCACGCAUUGGAUUUUGCAGAAAAUGACAGCAUGAACUCGCGGGACCGAGCACUGUCUCCGGAAUACACCGAAUCAUCGACGUCAACCACGACGACGACAACAUAAAAUUUCAUCCUCUCCCCCUUGAGAUUCCGGCCGUCGCAACCAUGAAGCGCCAAGUCGUCGGCCCCCACCGCAAUGCGCUCUUCUCCUCGACCUCCCUCGCAACCACCCUCCUCGUCCUGACGCUCGCCUUUGCGUCCCUAGUAAAUGCCUACACUGAAAUGUCCGAGGCCUUUCUCAAGGCGAUCCCACUCGACCAUGGCGAUUUCGACAUACUAAACGAGCGCGGCCUGCUGGCGCCCAUCCUGAUCCCCCGAGUGCCAGGCACGCCGGGACAGGUGCAAGCCCAACAACACAUCACCUCCUUCUUUGCGCGCGAGCUGCCCAAAUGGAACGUUUCGUGGCAGAACUCGACCGGCACGACCCCCGUGACGGGCAACAAGCAGGUGCCGUUCCAAAACAUCAUUGUGCGCCGCGAGCCGCCCUGGACAAAGCCCGGGCAGGCAAACUACCUGACGCUGGUGGCACACUACGACUCCAAGAUAUCGCCAGAGGGCUUCAUCGGAGCCACCGACAGCGCGGUGCCGUGCGCCGUACUCAUGUACGUGGCCAAGAGCAUCGACAAGUACCUGACGCAGAUGCACGACGAGAUGGCGGCGUUGGGUGAGGGCGGUACAAUACCCCAGGAUAUGGCUGUUCAGCUACUUUUUCUGGAUGGAGAGGAGGCGUUCGCGUCGUGGACGGACACGGAUUCGGUCUAUGGAGCUAGGUCUCUGGCAAGCUAUUGGGAGCAGUCAUUGAACCCUGCCAUGUCUUUUUACAAAAACCCGCUCGACCAGAUUAGCAUAUUUGUGCUGCUGGACCUCCUGGGCUCGGCCAACCCAUCUGUGCCGUCUUACUUUCAGACGACACACUGGGCAUACCAACGCAUGGCGGCGGUCGAGACGCGCAUGCGUAACUUUAGCAUGUUGGAGUCGGUUCCUAAGAAGCCGUUCUUGCCCGAGGCUGGCAAGACCCAGUUUUCGCCCGGCGGGAUUGGUGACGAUCACAUCCCCUUUUUGAAGAAGGGAGUUGAAGUCCUGCACAUCAUCCCCAGCCCGUUCCCGGAUGUGUGGCAUCGCAUGGAGGAUGAUGGCGCACAUCUCGAUAUGGCGACUGUCAGGGAUUGGGCGAGGAUCACGACGACGUUUGUAAUGGAAUGGUUGGACAUGAUGGAGGUUGCACCCCAAGGUGCAGGGGGUGAGGCUACAUGACGGAAUUUACGGACUUCUUUACGAUCUCUACCAUGUUACUGAAGAGCUACCCGAAACGAUUGAGGGCAUUUUCUCUUUUCGGGUUGUUUCUAGGCCAGUGUUGCCUACCUGUGAAGACUGGUAAUGCCUUGAAUGCAUGGACUGUGGAUGUCAGCUGGCUCGAGAAACAGCCUGUUGGCUGCUUGGACGGAUCUCUGCAUUCACUACAUUGUGAGGUGCCCAAUACCAAAAGAGGCUACAUCGCCAUUGGGCUGCAGGCUUUAGCCAGCAAACCGUAUAUAUUAUACCCCGAUUUAUAUUUGCAGCAGUUGCUGGUAGCACUGAAAUAUUAUUGGAUUGUCCUUCAGGUGGUCGGCACACAAACCAAC